AUGUCACGAGUACUACGACGAGCGUUUUCGACUUUCCCUUCCAGAGCCGGUCCCUCAACACCUCGAAUCCCUCCAUCCACUUUAUUCCCUUCAGCAUCAUCCGUCGCGACUACUUCACCUCAAGCAGUCCGACGUAGACGUAUCGAGAAACCUCCACACCCUUCAUCUUCUCCAUCUCCCUUGACAGAUUCAGAUCUUCAUUAUGCCAACACAGAGAAGAAAUUCCCCUUUGAAUUGGAAAAAGAUUAUCAAUCCUUACUUCAAUCUGCAACUUUUGAUGAAACACUCACCGACGCCGAAUUAAGAGCUACUUUCUUGAAAGGUACAGCAGAAUGGAGAUCUAGGAUUAGAGGUUUCGCUCCAAGAGGUAAAAAAGGCAGACAUGAUUUCUUGGUGGGUAUAAUGGGUGGAGAAGAAGAAGGUGAAGGAAUCUCAAAUGAAAAUACAAACGAUUCUGAACAGAUCGUCGGUCAAAGAAUCUAUUUACCAAAUAUACAAAUCAGAUUAAUGAGAAAUCACGUACCUGAAGGAGAAUCAUAUGAUCCUUUUAUUGCGACAUUUAGAAUACCACCAAGUAUGACUAAAAACGAUUUACGUUCAUACCUUCUAGCUGUAUACAAUCUGAAAGUGACUUUUAUCAGAACAGAUAAUUAUAUACCUCCGGUUGGAAGAUCAAGAACUGGUGAAGUACAAAGAAAAGGUGGACAAGGUAGAACAUAUAAAAGAGCUGUUGUUGGUUUAAAUGAACCUUUCCAUUAUCCAGAUGAUAUGGAAGAACUUUAUGCCCAAGGUAUCAAGAAUGGUAUGGGUGAUGCCUUAGCGAAAGCUAGGGAUACUUGGUUGCAAGAAAAUUACAGUCUGAAGACCUCUGAAGAAAUGAGGAAGAGAGCAAUGUUCAAAUACUACAAAGGUGCAAGAUGGAGGUCGAGAACCCAUGCUAAUACUGGUAAUACCGUACGAGAGAUUAUGAAACGUCGACAAGAAAGAGAAGAUAAUGUGUCAGAGGAAGUCAAAAGACGUUGGUCAGCAAUUGCUCAUGAGUCUCUAGGAAGCGGAGCUGGGAGUGAAGGUCAGGCUCAAACUUUAUAA